UUAAUAUUGGUACGUACUGCAUUCAGGGUUAUUAUGCAUCAUACACAGCAGGCAUGGCAGGACUUCCGUUAGUUAUUAUGGCAGAGAUAUUUCCAAUAAACGUCAAGGGCACUGCCGGAAGCCUGGUGACUCUGGCGAAUACGGGCACUGGUUCGAUUGUUACAUACACCUUCAACUUUGUGAUGGAAUGGACCUCAUCAGGAACAUUUUUCAUCUUUGCGGCCAUUUGCGGUUUAACUGUUGUGUUCGUUGAGAAGCUAGUGCCGGAGACCAAGGGGCGAACGCUCGAAGAACUACAAGCAUCAAUUGCACAUUUUAUCUAAUAAGAUGAACUAUGAAGCCAUGCUAGUACAGCAGAGGCUGUAUUUAGAGCCCAAAGCCUGGCUUUCUCGUGUCAUAUAUAAGUUUGUAAUUUGUGAUUCCCGCUCUUCUCCACAACUGCCCAGUUCGAAUUCCCAUCGAACUCUGCAGCGGAUAGAGCAGAAGCAAAGUCCUACUCCAUCCACAACUCUCCCAGCCGCGGAAUGCCAUAAUUAACUGACUAGAAAUAAAUCUAUACUGUAACAAAUUAUAAGUCGUGGGUAUAUAUAUUUUAAAUGAUUUUGUCUUGUGUA